GCUACGGUGCCCAACAUUAGCGGCAUCAUCGGCGUUACCGAUGUGUUGAUCCGUGUUUGACAGCUUCUUCAGAAACAUUCAGAACCUUCAGAACUCUGGUUUGACUGGUUUCGUAGCAGAAAGACUUUGAAGUUUCGUUCAAUGUAGCAGCAAUGUAUGAAGCGCGGUUCAGCGUUGUGAUGUGGUUUAGCUUUAAGUAAAGAAUUUAGGUUCCUUUGGUUUACUGUAUUUGCAGGUUUUGAUAUGAAAUGUGUGUGAUAUUUUUGACGAGAAAGCGCAGUACCCCGGUAUAAAUGUGCGUUAGAAAAUGUUCCAGUUGAUCCUGCCACACUAGAGGAUAAGAACAGAAUGCCUCCUCGCAGAGUAAUAACUCCACCACCAUUGGUGGAGUUAUGUGUAACUGAGUUGAUGAACUACCUUCGUAGAGAGUUAAUGUUAUGCAGUCAAGUGCGACAUUACCAACACAAUUCGCUUUUAUUGCGCCGAAGAGGUAUUGAUGCUGACAGUCUAGUUGCAGAACUGCGAGAUCAUCUGGAUUGUCUUCCACCAGCACUUAGUGAGAUGGUUCGACAACAAAUAACAAACAAAUUGUUGAGUAGUUCAAAGCCCAUGGCAAUCGAUAAAGGGCUGUUGGUGGGAAUGCUUGAUAUUGUGUUGAACAUAGAAGUGAAGACACUGGAGUUCGGGGAUUCUCAGUUCCGCUGUAAUUCGCAGAUCUGGCCUCUGGUGCUCAAGAAAUGCACUGGUCUUCAAAGGUUUGCAUUGGUUUCCAACAUGUUCACACCAGACAAAAUAUCGGAUGUUCAACCUUUUCUUAUUUCACUUGCCUCCAACUGUCCAUUGCUUACUGAGCUCAUUUUGAAGGAUUCAGUACAGGGUCCUCUCACUCUGGCCGCAAUUGGAAAGAGCUGUCACCUGCUCCGAACUUUGGAUGUCACCGGAUCUCAAAUCAGUUGCUCUGAUCUUGUCUAUCUUUGUGUUCAGUCACCACCAACUGUUGUCUCAGACAAGUAUCUUGAUAGUGCAUACGAGCAAGAGUUCAAUCCUCUCUGUCAGACCUUGGAGAUGCUGCUUCUUGGUAACACCCGCGUCAGAGCCAGAGGUGCAGCCUUCAUCCUGAGGGUGUUUCCUAACCUCACUUCGCUUGGAAACUUUGUGUUCACAGCCUCAGCACUGAAAAGACUGUAUGGACCGAAGACUAGACCCUGGCCAGGCCACAAACUGAAACACGCAUUCUACCGUGGACCUUCCGAUGUCAAACUGAAAGUUUUGGCUAACUGUUGUCCAGAACUGGAGUCACUGUUUGUUGGUUCUGAAGUUCCACGAAGAGUAGGGUUUCAUAAUUUUAUGGCUUUUAAAAUGCUACGGCGCUUGGCUUUAGAGCAGAUUGAGUGUGAAGAUAUCAUGGCAUGGCUGAGACACACUCCAAAUCUUGUUCAGCUGCACAUAUCUAGUCCUGGUGUCGAUGUUGGUAUUGUGGGCCAGUGUUGUCCUCUGCUGGGGAAACUGACUGUUACCGAGGAUCCUUCUCGAACUGUUACAAUUCCAAAUAGUGAGACUCCCAUCUACAGCAAACUUCAGGAACUCAAGAUGGUAUGUGUAAUUUCACUGGACUGUGGAGCUCUAUUCUUUACCAGCGCACCAAAGUUGCGGAGUAUUGAAAUAAUACGCAUCCGGAAAUUGUCAGAUGCUGUCCUAUCUUCAUGGCUCAGGAGAAAUUCUCUACAGUUUCUGGAAGUGCUGAUGCUUCGGCAUGUGGAAUUAACCAAGAGAAGUGUAGAUAUGCUCUUGGAACGUUGUCCAAAUCUCACCCGGUUAGGUGAGGUAGCGUCAUGGGAUGUACGUUCUUGGGAAUGCCGCAGACUCAUGGAUUGGGUUGCACAAGAGAACUAUGUUCUUGAGCUUGUGCCCUAUCCUUCUCGUACUCCUGCCACUAUUCGUGAACUCCUUACUGAUAAAUGGGAUUACUGGGAGUCAGAUGAAGACACAGAUGGGCAGCCCUAAAGGUUGCUGUGAAUGGUGAAAGAAUAACCAUUGUGCAUUGAUGAGAUCACAACAAUCACCACCCAGUGGAUCUGGAUCAAAAGACAAAAAUGAUACUACCUAAUUAGCUAUCUUCAGUUCUUUAUUCUGUACACAGAAGGGAAGGGAAGGCAAGGCAAGGCAAGGCAAGAAGUUGGAAUCUGUCUUAAGGCAAUGUGAAAAGGCUGGAAAAUAAAAAUAAUUCUCAUACAUAUCAUGAAACUGAUGAAGAAAAUGUUGCUGAACCAACAGCAAACGAGGUUAGUACCCUUAAUAUUCGGAAUUUUGAAUGGCUUUCAACACCCACACUCCCUGAUGAGGAGGUUGUUCAAAAAGAGCAGUGCUUGCCACAGAUAUGACAGCCUCUGGAAUAUGAGAACAGUGCAGAUUCUGACUUCAUGCCAUGGCUAGAGUAGAAAAAUGAGAAGCAAGACACAUAUGACAAUGACAAUUUAAUUUUUUCUGUAGUUUUAUGAGUCGUCGUUUACAUUCCUUAUAGAACGGACAAUACUUUGUAAGAUGAGGCACCGACAAAAUAAUUAACAAAUAUUACUACAUCUACAUCACGAGCCUCCAAUAACAGUUUUUAUACACAAAAUAUAGAAUACUCUAAUUUGCCCAAGGGAGUGAAACAAAAUCAUGAAACCAACAACUGACUCGCUGAUGUAAAGUAUCAAUUGAAGAAUUUUAUUCUUGUUUUAUACUAUA